AUGGGUGGCGGAGGUGGAGUCGGCAUUGGAGGCGGCCUCAGCGGUGGGCUCAGCAGCGGUCUCAGCAGCGGUCUCAGUAGCGGUCUCAGCAGUGGUAGUGGCAGCGGUGGCGGCAGUAGCAGCAGUAGUGCAGCUGCCCUCAAUGCUGCUGCCACCUUGCAUUGUCUCACCUCAGUUGGCAGCAGUCAUAGCAGUGCAGGCAGCGGUGGUAGCAUAAAUGGCAGUGGUGGCGGCAGCAGCAGCAGCAUCGGCGGCAUUGGCGGCAUUGGCGGCAGCGGCGGCGGCGGCGGCGGUAGUAGUAGCAGUCUCGGUGGUGGCGUGCAUGCGGGCUUGGGUCUCACUGCAAUGGGCAUGGCUGCCGGCUGUGGCGGUGGUGGCAGCGGUUUGAGUGCAUUCGGUAGCGGUGCAAGCAGCUUAGCGCUUGGCGGCAGUAGCAGUGGCAGCAGUAGCGCCAGUGGCGGUGGCGGUGGCUCAAAUCAUCACCACCACCAUCAUCAUCAUCAUCUCAAUGGUAUUGUUGGCGGCGGUGGCAACAAUUUGAAUAUAGCAACAGCAACCCUAACGGCUGCUCCGACGCAUGGUGUCGGCGCAAGCGGCGGCUUCGGCACACUGGGCGGCCUUAGUGUGGGUGUCGGUGUGGGCGUGGGCGUUGGCAUGGGCAUGGGCAUGACUAGUGGCAAUAUCAACUCCAUUGUUGUUGGCAAUCGAUUAAUGAAUACAGGCUUGCCGACGAUAUUGAAAUGA